AGCGCGGAUAAACUACGAAGCACUCACGAGCGUGAUUCAUGCUUCCUGCUGUUGUCAGCCCUGAUUCAUGGGAUCAUGGUCGACCGAUUGGUGAACAGCGAGGCCAAUGCCAGGCGUAUCGCGAUGGUCGAAAACUGCUUCGGCAGUUCUGGCCAGCCACUCGCGGUACCCGGCAGGGUUCUGGUGGGAGAAGGUGUCUUGACCAAAAUGUGCAGGAAGAAGCCCAAACCGAGACAGUUCUUCUUGUUCAAUGACAUAUUGGUUUAUGGAAAUAUCGUGAUAAAUAAGAAAAAGUACAACAAGCAGCAUAUAAUACCACUAGAAGAGGUAAAAUUAGAGUCUCUAGCUGAUGAGGGUCAAUAUCGUAAUGGAUGGCUCAUUAAGACAGUAACAAAGUCGUUUGCUGUUUAUGCUGCUACCGCAACAGAGAAGCAAGAAUGGAUGGCACAUAUCACAAAAUGCAUUGAAGAUUUAUUAAGAAAAAGUGGCAAGAAACCCGUUGAAAUUCACGCAGCAGUUUGGGUACCAGAUAACGAAGCUACAAUUUGCAUGCACUGUAAUAAAACGCAAUUUACAGUAUUAAACAGACGGCAUCACUGUAGGCAAUGCGGCGCAGUAGUAUGCGGGCCCUGCAGUAAUAAAAAGUUAUUGCUACCUGGACAAGGGAAUGGGAAAGCCGUCAGGGUCUGUUUACAAUGCUAUGAUGCUGCUAGUAAAGUCAAAGCUUCACCUGCAUCUACUGUGGAUGGUCUAAAUAACAAAGAUCCACAACGUAAUUCUGCCGACAGCUCAGGAGGAGACAGUUCCGGAGAUGACGAUGAGGGAAACAAGGAAGAGAAUCAUGAUGAGCCUAAAUUCUAUUCCACGCUCGGCCGAUGAAGAUGAUUAAAACGUUGCACCAAACAUGAAAGAGAUACAAACAUUUUACGACAAAACAUGUCUUCUUUUUUUUUUUAUGAGACCCCGUAAUGUACCAUCGAGAAUGGAAAAGUUUGCAGGAGUUUCUUUAAAAGGAGGAGAAUCUUUAGAAAUACUACAAAAUGAUAUGUGAAAAGAACUGAAGAACGAUAACUAUAAAAAUUAUGAGAUAUGAUUUGUGCCUAACAUCACAGCGUGUUCAUCGCUAGAUUCGUCUGAUUUGCAUUAUGAACUUCUGCAACUUUUAUUAUUGACAGAUACUGCAAUUUACUAACAGAAACCAAACGAGAAAAUGUUAAGUAUGUACAGACAAUCGCGGAGUUGUAAGGAGGUACUAAUGUUUCUUCUCAAAUAUCAUUAAUGGAUCGUUAGAGCAUUGUGGUUAUCAACAGAAGUUUGUAAUUGCUAAUAUAUGAUUACAUCGAUCAAAUUCAUUAGCAAGUGUAAUUAGAUACAUUUUCUCAUCAAUGUAUGUAUAUGAAAAAUAUAUAUGCCACAUUGUGCCUUUUUA